ACGUUUCUACAAAGGUCCAUUUCUCACUCUUCCCCUUAACCGCUAAAGAGAGAAAGAGGCUGUAGAAGUAUCUUCAGAAGGUCUUCCAAUGGCGGCGAGAAGCGCACUGAUAAAGUACCUGAGAGUUCAAGUCCAGGCAGUACCUCAAAACCCUAGCACCACUUUCCUCUCUUCCUUCAAUUCGAUACGCCGCCGUUUCUUCUCGGAGGAGGUCAGGGGCUCCUUCCUGGAUAAGUCUGAGGUCACAGAUCGUGUUAUCAACGUCGUCAAGAACUUCCAGAAAGUUGAUCCCUCCAAGGUUACACCAAAUGCGCAUUUUCAGAAUGACCUUGGGUUGGACAGUUUAGAUACUGUUGAAGUUGUGAUGGCUCUUGAGGAAGAAUUUGGAUUCGAGAUUCCUGAUAGUGAAGCAGACAAGAUUAACAACAUUAGUCUCGCUGUUGAUUUUAUCGCUUCUCACCCUCAGGCCAAGUGAAAGAGAAUCAUGAAGCCGGCCGCAUUCUUAAAUUGGUCAUGUUUCUUUUCUUUUUCAGAGUUAGCUGUGAAUCAAACCAUUCAAAUCUUCCUUUUUCCGGUCUCCUUCUUAUCCUUUUUCUGAUAAAUGCCGGUUGGAUUUUGGAUUAUUUUGUUACAACUUUCUAAAUGUGGGAUUUGCCACAUCGAUUUGUUCUUUUUCAUUUGAUGAAAACCAAAAAUGAAACCGAAAAUGAUAUAGCUUGAAGAUGAUAUGAGUAAAACUGCUGUAAUAAAAUUCAUAUGCUCAAAAUGCUAUUUUGUUUUGACCAAUACAUGGUCAAAAUAUGCUCAAA